AUGUCGGAAGCUAAUCGUCGCAUGCGUGUGCUGAACACGACGCAGCCUUCAAACAACCUCGUCAAUCACGCCGAGCACCUCACCACCGACCCCACCUACCUCAAGCUCCAAAACGAGCUGCAAGGAUAUGGACGACAGGAAGCAAUCGAGGAGCACCUGCGCUUGAUGAAGUUGGACGACGGCAUGGACGGCCCCGAGGUCAACAUCAAGACGACGGCGCUGCGUGCGUGAGGUCAAGAUCGAGGCGGCCCACGUGGCCAUGGCCAGGAUUGAGCAGCGCAGCAACGCAGCCGUCACGCUCACAUGGCCCGCCGUAACUACUAUCAUCGCCGAAGUCGCAACCUCUAGCAUCUUCGAGAUGUCAUCGAAUUGAGCUGGACCCUAACGUUGUGCUGUGAGCCGAACGCAACGCCGGGCUCGAAGGUGCUAGAGGUUGCGACUUCGGCGCCGAUGAUAGUAGUUACGGCGGGCCAUGUGAGCGUGACGGCACCUUCGGGGUUGGCUUCGUUGCCUGAGGGCUGAGACGGUUAGGGUUAUGAAUCGCUCGCAGCGACGUUGUCCUUCAAGCCUUUGGCUGCUCGCACGACGAAGGAUGGCGGCGCCUUGAGGGUGCAGGUGCAUCGGCAGUCACGUUGCUCGGAUCCGGUAACGAGAGCGAAACACACAAGACACUGUCAACUGCAAGACGGCUAGAUUUGUGCGGGUGAGUACCACCAAUUCAACACAUCACAUCUGCUGUCACCCGAGAGAUCCUUGACAGCAAUUCUGGGAUCCACAGAUGUCGAUAGAGGCCGACAAUUCACAGCGCGCUGGCGAAGUUGUGUCUUGUGUCUUAUGUCGAGCUAGGUGUAUCGACGCUGAAGGAGAAGCGAUUGCUUGUGGUGGUCGAUGUCUCCCAGUUGCCAUGGACAUCCGGGGGUUGUACGAGAGAUUCGAUGUUGAUGAGCCUCGCACCCCGACACAUGUGAUAUCUGGGUUUCGGUCGUCCGGGAGAUACAGGGGCGCUUUUUUCCAAUUGCUCACUAGUUGCUCAUUAGCUUCAAUCCUUCACAAACCUUGUCAAAAUCCAAGACCACCACAUGUUUGAAUCUGGAGAGGUUGCACAUCGUUAG